AUGGAGAACUCUGGAGUGAUGGCCUCCUCAUCUGAGUCGGUCACUGGAGUGGUUGCCUUUAGGAGUAAUACCCUCCUCGACUGCGUCGACCACAGGAGGCAGCUCGGGAGUGCCGCCCCUCCUCAGCUGGGUCAGCCUCUGGUGGUUUGGGCAGAACAGCAGGUUGCCAAGCGGAGGAGAAAGAGGGAUAUUUACAGCGAGCCUACAGACCCAAAGUUCCCCCAGCAGUGGUACUUGUACAACCCCAGUCGGCAAGACCUACAGGUAAAAGAAGCCUGGGCUCAGGGCUUCACAGGCAGAGGAGUCGUCAUUACCAUCCUGGAUGAUGGCAUUGAGAAAGAUCACCCAGACCUAGUACAGAAUUAUGAUCCAGAUGCAAGUUACGAUGUAAAUGACAGAGAUUCUGACCCACAGCCCAGAUACACACAACUGAAUGACAACAGACAUGGGACUCGCUGUGCUGGAGAGGUGGCUGCUGCAGCGAAUAAUGGUAUCUGUGGAGUAGGUGUGGCCUACAAUUCCAAAAUUGGAGGUGUGCGCAUGUUGGAUGGUGAGGUGACAGAUGUGGUGGAGGCUCAGUCUCUAAGCAUCAACAACCAACACAUCCAUAUUUACAGUGCCAGCUGGGGCCCAGAGGAUGAUGGAAAGACUGUGGAUGGCCCUGCCAAGCUGGCUCGGGAGGCUUUUCUACAAGGAGUCACUGAGGGUAGAGGCGGUCUGGGUUCUAUUUUCGUGUGGGCGUCAGGUAACGGUGGCCGGGAGAAGGACAGCUGUAACUGUGAUGGCUACACCAACAGCAUCUAUACACUGUCCAUUAGCAGCACAACUCAGUAUGGCAAUGUGCCGUGGUACAGUGAGGCCUGCUCCUCCACACUCGCUACCACCUACAGCAGUGGCAACGUCAACGAGAAACAAAUUGUGACAACAGAUCUGAGGAAAAAGUGUACCGACUCACAUACUGGCACAUCUGCAUCAGCCCCUCUGGCUGCAGGCAUUAUUGCUCUCACCUUGGAAGCUAAUAUGAAUUUGACCUGGAGGGACAUGCAGCACCUGGUGAUUAGAGCAGCACAUCCCGCCCACCUCAUCACAAAUGACUGGAGAACCAAUGGUGUGGGCCGCUUAGUGAGCCACUCAUAUGGCUAUGGUCUGCUAGACGCAAGUGCCAUGGUGGCAUUGGCCCAGAACUGGACCAGCGUGGGGCCACAACAUAAGUGUGUUAUCGACAUGCUUUCUGAACCCAGGGAUGUGAAGAACCAUCUGGUGUUCAGUAAAAGUGUGGAUGCCUGUUUAGGCCAACCUGAUUUUGUGAGCUCACUGGAGCAUGUGCAGGCCAGACUCACACUAUCAUAUACACACAGAGGAAACCUGGCCAUCCAUCUCUUCAGCCCUCUGGGGACCCGCUCCACACUGCUUGCUCCCAGGCCCCAGGACAACUCACCAGAGGGUUUCAAUGACUGGGCGUUCAUGACCACACAUGCAUGGGAUGAGAACCCACAAGGAGAGUGGACACUGGAAAUAGAGAAUGUGGCUGGGCUUAAUGAUUAUGGUGUUCUUUCACAGUUCACACUAAUCCUAUAUGGAACAGGCUCCAGUACUGUGGACCUGUCUGCUUCAGAGUUUAGUCGGCCUUCCAACAACAGCUGUAAAACUUUUGAUGUCCAGCAGAUCUGCAUUGAGUGUAGUACUGGUUUGUGGCUCUUUCUGCAAGGCUGUGUGAAGUCCUGUCCUCCGGGUUUUACGCCUGGCCUGCAGCUCCUUAACCUCUCUCUAGAGAACUGGGUGGAGCAGUCCUCGGUGCAAGCGUGCCUGGUCUGCCAUCCUGCAUGUCUGACGUGCUCUGGGCCUGGUGAGGAUGAGUGCCAGUCCUGUCCACUCUACAGCCACCUCGUGGGCACAUCAUGUCUGCAUCAGAACCAGGUGCAACACAAAUCUCCCAUCAGCCCAGUGCUCCACAGUGAGGGAGUGGAGGAGGCAGACUCAGAGAUGCCCAAAGUGGAAACAUCCUCACAUUUGCCUGUACUUAUGGCUGUGCUGAGCUGUGCCUUCAUUCUAGCUACAUUCGCCGCUGUUUUUGUGCUACUCCAGCUGUAUGCAGGUGCAGCCAGUGCCCCCUUCUGUAGGAGAACCAAACUGCAGGUGACAGACUCAAGUGGCAGAGGUGUGCGGGUUGGAUUUGGGUUUGGUUUUGGCUUGGGUCGGGAUUUGACUAACAGCAGGGUGUUGUACCGAGGGAUUCCCACUGUGUGGGGGGACGAGGACACUGCAGGUGGGGUGAACUCAGAAUCAGAGAACGAAGAACUGGACUGUCACAGUGAAAAGACAGCUUUUAUACACACGCAAAGUGGUCUCUAGUGCGCCCGCUGUCCCAUGUCUUGCGUUUCACAUGCCUCAGCCUUCCUCUUGCAGGGCAAGUGAGCUGAUCCACUUCUUUUCUCUCCAUCUCACUCACCUGCAUUGAAGUCAGGCUACCGGACUAGAAUUGAGAAACAAGUCUGCCACACUUUAGGCUCUGCUAUGUUCAGGACUCUUCCAAGACAGCAUGUGCGUGUGCGCGCACACAGCUAUGUAUGGGUGUUCAGGAGGGAGGUAGGGAGAUACAGAGCUGUGGCAUGAGUCAUUCUUGUGAUUGGAUUUUGAAUUCACAGUGGUGGUUUGAGUUGUAAGAUUUAAACUGCAAAUUAAGAUCAGUGUUUGUGAGUAUGAAUGCUAAUGUUUCAUUUAGAGCUGAAAAGGGCUAAAUUUACUCCGGUUGGCCUAUCAUCAGCAGCCUAGACUGAAUUUAUGCAAAAUAAUGUUUUGAUUAACCACUGUAUAAAGCCCAUACAUACAGUGCCCUCCAUGAUUAUUGACACCCCUUGUAAAGAUUAGUAAAAUGAGUUAGAAAAAAAUCCAGCCUUUUUAAUUGAAAUAAAUUUAUUCAGAAAAAACAAAUCC